CUGUGAUUGCAGAAGAUCGAUCGAGAUUAGACAAGCAUGGUUGUGCCGGUGGCAUGGAGCGUUCUUGCUCUCCACUUCCUUCAGCUGUUAUUUGGUCGGGCCAUUGCGUCGCCGCCUUUUCAAAGGCACGUCGUUCAUGUCAAAGUGAACGACCGCACCAUGGCAUGUAGCCUGGAAGGUUGCCUCUUGGUCUGCAACAUUGACCAAAUCAUGCUCAACGUGUGCGCCGCAUUCCAAAUCGACGCGCAAUCGUGCGGCUUUGAAGAUUGCCAUCUUGUGUGCAACAACGGUGCCACACGGCACGACCUUUGCAAGAAAACCCACCUCAAAGGUGCGCGGCAGCUUUCCAUUUCCACGCGCCAGCUAGGGGCGUCCAUUUUCGUGGACGACGCCCCGCCCCUGUGGCCAAAGGGUCAAAUUUGCUACAAGAUCGACGUCGACGUCAACGCGUCCGCGGUGAGAUUUGCACUCUCUCACUGGCAAGCGACCACCCCCCUUCGCUUCAUCCCGUGUCAAGAGGACGUACGACCAGAUACUACGUCGUGUUGUGCUCCAUGUGGAGACUACUUGCACUUUCAAAACGGCUCUGGGUGCUUCUCCUCUGUCGGGUACAUUCCAGGGCUGUGUGGGACUGGCGGCCAGCCGCUCGUCCUUGCGGCGUCGCGUGGGAUAGGAAACAUCAUCCAUGAGAUCGGCCAUGCUGUCGGCCUCGUACAUGAACACCAGCGCGCCGACCGUGACUCGUUUGUGAAAAUAUACCCCAGCAACAUCGAUCCUUUGUAUUUGCCAGACUUUGACAAGGGCAAGCUGGGCGAUUUGACAGUGUUUGGGGCCAUCGACGAUGGCAGUGGUGGCACCGACGGGGCGUACGAAUACGGUUGGAUAGCAUCGAUGCAUCGUGUAUUCACGGAAUUGUAGAUUACGAUUCGGUGAUGCAUUAUGGCCUGCAUGAUUUCUCGGUCAACAACCUCCAAACCCUCCUGCCCAUCACGCCCACCGGACGCAUUCGCGAAGACUGUUUCUAUCGCGUCGGCCAACGCAAAGGACUUAGCCCAGGGGACGUUCAAAUGAUCCGUGGACUGUAUCAAGGCGAAAUCUUGACGACAACCACAUAGUGUUUCGUGCAAUAACUACAUGUAUGAAUUUAUUGACAAUCCA